UCCUAGCCUCCCUCUCCCCGUACCUCCUUUUCUAUUGGUUUGAGGUUACCGGGCUGUUUUUAUAGAAAAAAAUAUUAAUGUGUUUGUGCUUAAUGUAGUCUAGUGCACAAUGCCUUCUAAUUACCGCAACUUCCGAAUCAACGUGCCGUGGCUGCUCCUUUUUCUGGAAGCUUUUUUCAUCAUCCUCUUUUUCCUUUUCUUCUCAGGGGAGAUACCAGACCAGUCAGAAAUCUACCCAGCUUUUCAAGAUGUCAACCAGAUGGUGAUUUUUGGAUUUGGCUUUUUCCUGGCAUUUCUGAAACGUUAUGAGUUUAGCAGCACUGGAUUCAACCUCCUGAUCAUUGUACUUGGUGUCCAGUGCUCCAUGCUGAUAGAUUUAUUUUUCCGUCUUCCAUACAAAAAUGUUCUGGACAGAGUAGCAGAGGCCACCGUGAGUGUGACUGCUGUGGUCAUCUCUGCUGGAACUGUUCUUGGGAAGACCAAUCCUGUGCAAUUAAUUCUGAUGACAGUUGUGGAGAUGAUAGUUUUCCAUAUGAGCAGAUGGAUCAACAGCACAUUUCUGCAGGUUCCGGACAAAAUCAGCGUGAUGCAUGCUCCCCUGUUUGGAGCCUACUUUGGUCUGGCAAUCUCCUCACGUUUCUCUGAGCCAUCACCGAGGUCUGAGAAGAAUGCGAGUACCCCAAAGUCGGAUUUGUUGUCAAUGUUGGGGACUCUCUUUCUUUGGGUGUUCUGGCCAAGCUUCAAUUCCAUACUAGUUGUGAACCACAACGAGAGAGCAAUCUGCAACACCUACUUCGCCCUGGCAGCGAGUACUGUAACUGCCUUUGCGUUAUCUGCUCUGACCACAAAGGAUGGGAGAUUCAGAAUGACUCAUAUCCGCAGUGCAGCGCUAGCUGGCGGGGUCGCUGUUGCUUAUACAGCACAGAGUAUCGAGUAUCCUUGGAUUGCCAUGAUUUUGGGUCAGCUUGCCAGUGUGAUAACCGUAUUGGGAUCUUACUGUUUACAGAGAUGCUUGAAUCCUGCUUUCAAGAUUCAUGAUGCCUCUGGAGUUCAUUUCACUUUUGGUUUGCCUAGUGUGCUUGGAGCUUUUGUCCAGGAAGUUCUCUUCAUAGUAAACAAUGGGACUAAUUCACCAAGACUGGGUUAUGCUGUUGUGGUGCACAUUGCUGCCUUCUGCCUGACCAUCAGUGUUGCCUUGAUCGCGGGUUUUAUUACAGGAUCAAUCUUAAGCCUCAAACUGUUUAAGACCAUCCCUGUAUCAAAGUACUUUGAUGACCAGUUUUAUUGGGAGUUUCCCCAUUUGGCUGUCGGAUUUUGAACAGAGGAACCCAGGUGACAGAUUUGACCCAGAUUAAGAUUUUCCUGUUUGUCACUAGAGGAAAUGAAUAGCUGUGAUGGGUAGAGAGAGAGCACUUAAGCAUCAAUUCUCAGGCUCAAAAAAGCCAUUCCAAUGGACACACAAAAAAUGAAUAAUAAACUAUUCCAGUUCUUCUUGAAAAAUACAGGGUGUAAAUUUACAGAUACAACUUUACCAUGGAUUUAGUUUUUCUGCUUUGUUUAUCUUACCUUAAGUAUAUUUUUGUAGGAUAUGUAAAAAAAAGCUGGCUGCAUCACUGCUGUAAUGGCUUAUUGAUUGAAAUGCUUGGGAACUUUUAACUAUUUUUAGCUUCCAAGUUUAAAAGCCAAAAUAUGUAAAGUAUUAAUUUUUCAAGGAGUACAUACUUCUUAUCUUGUGAAGCAUUCAAGUAGUUGUUUUUAAGCUGAAUUAAUUCUGUUGAGGGCCUUGUUAAGCAAGAAUUUGAUGAGUGAGCUGGAUCAGGGCCAGAAUUCUGCAUCUUGCCAGGCUGAACUUAAGAGUUAUCUGACUGCGUAAAGAAAAAUCUGUAAUUACUUGGCUCAGGCUGGCAAUUUGGAAGUUCAAAUGGCAAGAAGUUAAAAUUGUUUUUCUUGCCGACAGCGCCCCUGAAAUCAACAUUUACUCGUAUUUAAGAUUUGGCAGCAGACCUCAGAGCAGCCUGUCCGUGCAGUGCUGGGUUGCGCUGCCGUGGGUCAGCUGCCCAAAAGGCUCUGGCUGCCCCUACGGUGCGGUCGGCCAGAGGUGAAGGAGGGACCUCGGUGCUGCUCCAUGCCGGUGCUAAGACCCAGUUUCUAAGUGUUGUACAUGGAAAUGUUUUACUCAGAGAUGAGCAGUGCCUUUGGUGCGUGAGCUAGGGCCCAAUCGGCAAGCGAACCCUUGUUUCUAAACGGAUUGUGGUCCUCUGUGUUUCUUUGUUUGAAAAUAGUUGACAUAAAAAAUCUCUUUCCAAAAUGCUUACCUAAUAAAAAAGUCAAAAUUUGA